GUUGCGAAAAGUUGUCAACCCGAGAAAAGCGCAGAGAAACUCCUCCCGUCUUCGCAUUAUGAGCAAUCAGCAGCAGGGUGAAAUGGCCGCUGUGGGGAGCGGUGGAGGCUUCAGUCAAAAGCGAAACACCAACUCUCAAGACUCACAGCAGCCGUCUCCUCUGGCCUUGUUGGCAGCCACAUGCAGUCGCAUUGACACCCCAGGAGAGAACGAUUCCCCCAGCGACCACCAACAGCAAAACCAGCAGCAGCAGCUGGACCUCAACCAGGGUGUUUUCACCUCCAGUGCCAACGGCUGGCAGGUUGUCCCUCUCAGUGUGCAAACCUCCUCAGGCACCAACACGGCCACCGACACUCAAGUGGUGAUGACAGAUUGCAAGAGCAGACAGGUGCUGUCACAAUCAGUGGCUGCUGUAUGCACUCAGGGACAGCAGCAGCAGCAGCCACAGCAAUACGUACUUGCUCAGGCUCCAUCAAUGCAGGGUCAGCAGUUGCUCACCACCAUAUCUGGUGUGAUGCCCAACAUCCAGUACCAGGUUAUCCCCCAGUUUCAGACUGCAGAUGGCCAGGCCGUGCAGUUCGCACAUGCUCAGCAGGACUCGCUAUCUGCAGGUGGACAUGGGCAACAGUUUCAGAUAGUGUCCUCUCCCAAUGGCCAGCAGAUCAUAACCACAUCCAACAGAGGUGGAGCAGGAGGAAACAUUAUCACAAUGCCCGGUCUCCUGCAGGGAGCCAUCCCCAUACAAAACAUUAGCUUAGGUAACGGCGUGUUACAGAACCAGCCCCAGUUUCUGGCAAAUAUGCCCAUGUCACUGAACGGAAACAUCACUCUGUUGCCUGUCAGUACUGGACAAAGUGCAGGGGGGGAUGCUAAUACCGGGGGGGAUACAGGGGGAGGCCAGCUUGUUCAACAGCAGUCGCAACAGCCCGUGUCUACCAACAGUAGCGUAGGUUACAUGACAAGUGCGUCUACUGUCACCGCACAGACCUCGUCUUAUGGAAUGACUCAAACACACAACAGCAAUGGAGUCGUGACGGGGACGUACCAGCAUAACACAGCCUCUCUGGGGGUCCCGAUCCAACCAGACAACAGAGAUGGGCAGCAGACCCAGCAGAUCCUGCUCCAGCCUCAGCAUCUUCUCCAGGGUGGAACUCAGCUCCAGACCAUCCAGGCUGGUGCCGUCACCACAGCAGGCGGUCAGGUAUUUGCUGCUCCCACUCUCAGCCAGGAAGGGCUUCAAAAUCUUCAAAUUAUGCCAAACACAGGCCCCAUCCUCCUGCGCACCGUGGGCCCGAACGGCCAGGUCAGCUGGCAGACCAUUCAGAUCCAGAGUCCGGCCGGGGCACAGAUCACACUGGCCCCAAUGCAGUCUCUCCCUCAGCUCGGUCACGCUCAGGGAGCAGGUGGAGCUGGGGGGGUGUCCGUCAACACAGUGCAGAUCCCAGGCAUCCAGACCAUAAAUCUCAACACACUGGGAGGCUCUGGGCUGCAGAUGCACCAGCUGCAGGGGGUUCCCAUCACCAUCGCCAGCUCAGCAGGAGAUCAGGCGCUACAGGCGGGCGGAGACAGUUUGGAUGAUAGCACAGCUAUGGAUGAUGAGGAUAUAAGCCCUCAACCUCAAGGACGACGUAACAGAAGGGAAGCCUGCACCUGCCCCUUCUGCAAGGAUGGGGAAGGAAGCAGGGACCCAACUAAAAAGAAGCAGCACAUUUGUCACAUCGGUGGCUGCGGAAAGAUCUACGGCAAGACGUCCCACCUGAGAGCCCACCUCCGCUGGCACACAGGAGAACGGCCAUUCGUCUGCGGCUGGUCUUUCUGCGGCAAACGAUUCACACGUUCAGAUGAGCUUCAGCGUCACAAGAGAACACACACAGGUGAGAAAAAGUUUGUUUGCCCGGAGUGUCCCAAACGCUUCAUGCGCAGCGAUCACCUCUCAAAGCACAUCAAGACCCAUUUGAACAAGAAAGCAGUCGUCGCCACCACCAGCAACACCUCGCUGUCAGCAGACGCCGCUUCCCCUGCGGCGGGAACAGAAGCCGGCUCUGGAGCAGUGUCGGCAAACGACCAGCACACCAUUGUCACCAUGGAAACCUUAUCUGCAGAGAGCAUAGCUCGACUGGCCAGCAGUGGAAUCAACAUGAUGCAGGUGGACCUCCACCAGAUCAAUGGCAACAGCUUCUAAUGGCGGUGGAGGAGCAGGACGAUGGCCUCGAAGAUGAUGAUGCUUUCAGACACUUGGGGUUGAAAAGGGCACAUCGGACUGUUCAUGCAAAUCCUUUCAAAGACUUCUGAUGCAACACAACAGACACUAUUUAAAACCUGAGGCAGGAACGUGUUUCCAUCAUGUGGUUAGAAACCAGUAGCAUUUAAGGGUCAGAGGUCGAUGAGAUGAAUUGAAAUGUUAGCCCUUCACUAACAUUUGUCCCAUGCAAAAAGCCAAUCCAACUCGAUUGUGGGAUUGGAACAAAACAACACAGACCAGCACAUUUAAUGUGGAAUUGGUAGCAAGUAGUAUUCUCUCUCUACAAUUUUCUUCAGGAGAGAUGACACUACUAAGCCACAUUCUCACUCUUGUGUCCUGGGCAGUGAGAUCCACCACAGGUCUGCACUCUCAAACUACAGGUUGGCCCUCAUCAGCUCAUAACGCUUCCCUUCCCCUUAAAACAGAGAUUUUAAUGAUCUAGAUCAGGGAAUAUUUGCUUGUCAGAUUUCAUUUUUUUGGGAGAGCUGGAUGUGUUUGCAGACCAGUCACCCCAGUACCAUAGGAAUAAUACGCCCAGUGUUUUCGGGUGGAUGUUGAGUAGAAGGUGGGAACACUUGGUCAAGACCGGGUCAGAGCCAGAAGCACGCGGAUGUGUCAGUGCACAGAAAUCCUGAGUAACUCUUAAACCUCUUGUGUAGGUACACAAAUUUAAGCCAUCAUGCCCUGAUAUGUUUAUCAUGGCAAAAACAUUUGGAUUUUUUUGUAUGUGUACAUAUAUAUAAAUAUAUAAUUUUUCUUUUGUUUUUGGUAAUGUAAAGGCUGCAAAACUCAAUAGCAUAGGUUGGAUCAUCUUACAUGAUUGCAAGAGAAUGCCUUUCAGUUGUAUGAACCUCAUGCACAAUCAAUCUUAAUCUUAUGUUAUUACUUUUAUAUAUAUAUUUGUGUAGAUGAAAUGUGUUAACUUGAGAGCCUUUCUGUCAUAGAAUGAUGUUCUAUACAGUCCAGAUCUUCCCAGUACUUCUCUUUUUUUCUGUGGUCUACUCAUCAUCCGCGACAUGUCAGUGUCUGUUUUCUGUUUCUGUGAAUAACCAUUUCUUGUUUAGGGAUUUCUGGUCAUAGUUAAGUAUUUUGUAGUCAUGUCCAGACAGCAUAAACAUUGUUAAGCUCAAAACCAAAGGUUCAUACUCGUUUUAUAAAAAUGAAAUUCUAGGAAAUCAUUCUUUGGUCCGCAAACACUCUAAUAAUUUUUACUUGUGGUAUGCAUGUUGAAGUUGUGGAACUGGAAAAGAUCCAGCUUGAGGCAAACCUCGGACACACAUCCCUUUUGUUGUUGUUCAAAUAAAUAAGUUGCAAAAUAUAUUAAAGUGACCAAUUGGUUGCAUCAUCUUUUCCGUUUCUUGCUUCAAGAUUCUGCUUGAUUUGACUUAACAAAUUUGUAACUUUUAUAGACUGUUUAAAACUAUCCCUUGAAAUCGACUGUUCAAACAAGUGCUCUUACUUCUUUUGUUGCCCCCGUUUUAAAUAAGGGAUUUUAUAUUGUGUGUGUAUACAACUACUGCAAAUGCCUGCUGGAUUAAAAUUAUGAAUUUA